CGAGGCAGAUUUGAUUAGCUCUGCUACCCAACGGAAUAGAACCUGCUGUUUCGUCAAAGUACUAUUGGGCUCUCUUCAGACUAUCGGCUGAAAUUGCAGAGAACACAAGGAAUAUCUAGAGAUCCCCAUUAAGGUAAAACUUUUUCAGCUACGGAAAGAAUAAAAAAAAAAAGUUCAGAAUGCGCAUUAAUCUAUGCUUGGUGAGUGUGUUGGUGAUCCUUUCUUGCAGCCCGUGUCAGUGCACAAACCUGUUUGAUUUGAUACUACCUACGCUCACAACCCACUUGACCAAGUUAUGGAGACAAGGAGAUCUGGAACUUCUUGGAAAUUACUGCACUUACACCAUGAGACCAUUAUUUUUGAACUGGAAGUUUUAUUACUCUGCAAGCGUCAUCUGUCCAGGGUGGACUCAGAUCCGAGGCUCAGCAAAGGCCAGUGGUAUGACGUCAGUCCUCAAUCAAGCAAUAGAGGAUUUUCUCACAAAAGCCCUGAAGGCCGGUGUCGUCAAUAAAGAAGAAGUUCGAACUUAUUAUGGGAAGUGAAAAUCAUUUAACUUGUACGAAGCCCUUGAAUUUGCGCCCCGCCAUCGUCGAGAUGAGGAAUUCCCGGGUAAAGAAGUGGAAGGGAAGUCCACACCACUACAAGUCUACAAUCUCAAGGCAGGGAGUGAUUGGUUGCAGCCAGAAAUCCUUAAUUAAUCUAAGCACAAUUGCUGUUCCUACUUCGGUAUAAUAAAAGAGUUGUAACAGUG